AUGGCAUCUAUCACUUCGACUGCUUCACCUGGCGGUGUCACCCUUACCACGACCCCGCCGCAUAAGAAGUCUAAACUAGCUGUUAAGCCCACAACGUCGCCAGGAGUAUCUCUAAUCUCGGGCGGCAUUGCUGGAGCUGUUGAAGCUGCAACUACAUAUCCCUUCGAGUUCGCAAAGACGAGAGCGCAGCUCCACUCGACAGGUGCCAAAAACCCAUUCGCAGUACUGCUCCAAGUUGCUCGACAGGAUGGGCCGAGAGCCAUCUACACAGGCUGCUCAACAAUGAUCAUUGGAACGACGUUCAAAGCCGGAGUACGCUUCCUGUCUUUUGACUCUAUCAGGAACUCCUUGAUGGACGAUGAGGGUCGCCUGACUCCGGCAAGGGGUAUUCUAGCUGGUAUGAUUGCCGGAUUUGUAGAAAGUGUUGUAGCGGUAACACCAACUGAGAGAGUGAAAACAGCACUCAUUGACGAUGCAAAGUCUGGUGCACGAAAGUACGCCGGUGGAACGAACGCUCUGGUCACGAUGCUGAGAGAGCAUGGAUUCGCAGAGGUCUAUCGAGGUCUCGUUUCUACUACUUUGAAGCAAUCCGCCACCUCAGCGGUACGCAUGGGAUCAUACAAUGUGAUCAGGGAACAGUCUAAGCAGCAUGGCUUACCGAACAACUCACUGAUCACUUUUGGAUCAGGGUCGGUUGCUGGCAUUGUCACUGUCUAUGCUACACAACCUUUCGACACUAUCAAGACUAGAGCGCAGUCAGCUCGAGGGGCUGGAACACUGGAAGCGCUCCGUAUGGUGCUUUCGGAAAGAGGCUUAAGGGGCCUGUGGAGUGGAAGCACCAUGAGACUUGGUCGUCUGAUUCUGAGCGGAGGAAUUGUCUUCACUGUAUACGAGAAAAGAACUACCAUGAUCUCCAACGAUGAAGGUCGAGCGGUGGUACAAUGUGCUGGCAAAGAUGCCACAAAAUUUGAAGAGCUUGAAGACCCCACCAAGUCUUCUGAUCCCUCCGUGGGGAAGCUCAGCCAGCAAUACGACAUAACUCCCAGAGAUAUCCAGAGCCGUUUCGAACAUCUUCACACCAUGUGGAACUUGGGCAUCUCAACUUUUUACAUCGGUUAUCUUGUUGGACAAUUACCUGGCAACUUGUGGUUGGCCAAGGCAAAUCCAAGAUGGUUUCUACCCUCAACGAUGGUGGCCUGGGGAGCGGCAACCAUCUGCACUCCCGCCCUCAAAAGUGGUGCCGGCUUCGCCGCUCUGCGCUUCUUCACCGGUCUGGCUGAAGCGCCGUUCUUUCCGGGAAUCACACUGAUGACUUCCUCCUGGUACACCAAGGAGGAGAGUCCUCUCAGAAUGGCCAUCUGGCACGCGGGAAACACCAUAUCCAACAUCAUCUCAGGCUUCCUUGCGGCAGGAAUUCUCACUACAAUGGGUGGUGUCUCGGGUCUGUAUUCCUGGCAGUGGUUCUUUCUCAUUGAAGGCAUCGUGACGUUCCUGGUGGCUUUCUCUGCCUACGUUCUCCUCCCAGACUGGCCCCACAACACGCGGUUUCUGACUCCUGAGGAGAGAGAUAUGGCGCAGUACCGUAUCCUGUGCUCCAAUGGAGGCAAAGAGGAAGCUGCCGGAGGCACUUGGGAUGGUCUCAGAGAUGCUGUCAAAGACCCUUUCACCUGGAUCUUCUGCCUGUUGCAUUUCUCCCUGGUCACUGCCCAAAGUUUUAAAGACUUCUUCCCUUCGAUCGUUAACACCUUUGACUUUGGCGAACUCACAACGUACUUCAUUCAAGCUCCCCCGUAUGCGUUCGCAUUUGUGUUUGCAUAUGCUGUUGCCUGGUCGUCAGGUCGGAAUCAAGAGUCUUUCUGGCACAUCGUCCUACCUAUCAUUGGCAGUGCGGCUGGCUGUGCAGUCCUGAUCUCAACCAUGAACAUUGGAGCUCGCUACUUUGGUCUUUUCCUCCUUAUUUCCGGCACAUAUAACGGUCUCAACCUGCAGCUGUCGUGGGAAACAACUGUCGUUCCAGCCCCUCGGAGCAAGAAGGCCGCACUCAUUGCAAUCGCCAACUGUAUCAGCCAGGUCAGUCACUGGUUCAGUCCAUACUUCUGGCCGCGUUCGCAGGAGCCCUUCUACAGACUAGGCGGCGGUCUUGUACUGGUGGGUUGUGCUCUGGUUGUAACGUCAGCUGGCUUGGCGAAGUGGCGUGCGAUCCGUCUGAAUAAGAAACUGGAUGAAGCUGAGGGUUACUCCGAGAACUCGGGGGUCGAAAGGGGUUGGAGAUUUGCGUACUGA